AUGGCGCCUUUCGGAAAGAUCUACACCAAGGAGCUCAACCCCCGCACCACCGCAAUCCUCGCGGUUGCGAAGGCCAACGGGCUGGACUUGGAUGUCGUCGAGGUCGACACCACCAACCCGACUCCCGAGUUUCUUAAGGUGAACCCUCUUAGCAAGGUUCCCGCUUUCGUCGGUAACGAUGGCUACGUCCUCACUGAGUGCAUUGCCAUCGCCAUCUACAUCACCUCCCAGAAUGAGAAGACCACUCUGCUCGGCAAGACCAAGCAAGACUAUGCUUCCAUCUUGAAGUGGCUAUCCUACUUCAACUCCGAGGUUCUCCCCAAGCUCGGUGCUUGGUACCGACCCCUCUUGGGCUGGGACCAAUACAACAAGAAGACCGUUGACGAUGCCGCCAAGGGCGCUGCUAAGGCUGUCUCCGUCGUAGAGGAGCACCUUCUCCACCACACAUACCUCGUCGGUGAGCGUAUCACCCUCGCCGAUCUGUUCGCCGCCGGCAUCAUCUCCCGCGGCUUCCAGUUCUUCUACGACAAGAAGUGGCGCUCUGAGCACCCCAACGUCUCUCGAUGGUACGAGACCGUUUAUAACCAGCCUAUCUACAGCGACGUCGCCAAGCCUUUCGAGCUCCUAGAUACCCCCAAGUUGACCAACGUCGCACCCAAGAAGGCUGAGCAGCCUAAAGCCGCUCCUAAGGCUGCCCCCAAGCCCGCUCCGGCUGCGGAGGAGGAACCUGCUCCCAAGCCCAAGCACCCCAUCGACCUGCUACCACGAUCAGAGUUCGCUCUAGAUGAGUGGAAGCGAUACUACUCCAACCAUGAUGAGGACGUCUCUCUAAAGUGGUUCUGGGAGAAUGUUCCUUUCACGGACUACUCCAUCUGGCGAGUCAAGUACAAGUACAACGAUGAGUUGACUUUGACUUUCAUGUCCAACAACUUGAUUGGUGGAUUCAACACCCGUCUUGAGGGCUCUCGCAAGUACCUCUUCGGCUGUGCCUCCGUGUACGGCGAGAACAACGACUCGGUUAUCGAGGGUGCCUUUGUCAUCCGUGGUGAUAACUACGUCCCCGUCUUCGAUGUCGCUCCCGACUACGAGAGCUACGAGUUCAUCAAGCUCGACCCCACCAACGCCGAUGACAAGGCUUUCGUCGAGUCCAUGUGGACUUGGGACAAGCCCGUUGUCCACAACGACAAGGAGUACAAGCACGCUUCUGGAAAGGUCUUCAAAUAA